CUCCCCAGCGGCUGCUGCACCCGCCUGCCCGGGCAGAGGCGCCGAGGGUCCGGCCCCAGCGCGCAGCGGAGCCCAUGGAGCCCGGCGGCGGCAAGCGGCCGCGGGACGGAGCAGGCAGAGGCCCGAUCGCCAUGAAGAAGACGCACACCUCACAAAUAGAAGUGAUCCCGUGUAAGAUCUGUGGGGACAAAUCGUCAGGGAUUCACUACGGGGUCAUCACCUGUGAAGGCUGCAAGGGGUUUUUCCGCAGAAGCCAGCAAGGCAACGUGACGUACUCCUGCACCCGCCAGCAGAACUGCCAGAUUGACCGGACCAGCCGCAACCGCUGCCAGCACUGCAGGCUGCAGAAAUGCCUCAGCCUGGGAAUGUCCAGAGAUGCCGUCAAGUUUGGCCGCAUGUCCAAGAAGCAGCGCGACAGCCUCCACGCCGAGGUGCAGAAGCAGCUGCAGCAGCAGCAGCAGCAAGGCGGCGAGGUGGUGGCCCCAGCCUACUCCCUGGGCCUGGCUAACGGGCAACUCAAGCUGGCCUCCCCCGCAGACCUGUUGGAGUCUUCAGCCUGCUCCACGGCCCCCCUGAACGGACAGGCGCGGCUGAGCCAGUCUCCGGACGAGACGGUGGCUCUGGCCUACCCCAACGGACUGGCCAAGGGGCACAGCCGGCUGAGCGACAACCUGCGCGGCCCCUUCGCCAGGGACUACAGCCCCGAGCGGAUCAAGAUGGAGAGCAGGGCCAGCGUCUUCUACGCCCUGGAGAUGCAGGCGUCACCAGACCUCUCCCGGCUGGACAUCGGCGGGGGCAAGCGGGGCCAGGCUGGGAGCGACAUCGGGGAGACUGUCGACUUCUACACGAGUCCCAACUUCACCAGCAUCCUGGAGUCGCCCAAUUCCUCGGUGACUGAGAUCGAGCACCUGACCCAGAAUGUCCUCAAGUCCUACCGGGAGACCUGCCAGCUGCGCCUGGAAGACCUGCAGCUCCUGAGGCUGGAGACGUUCUCGUGGGAGGAGGUCAGGAGCUACCAGAAGAAGUCCAUGGAGGAGAUGUGGGAACGCUGCGCCUGCCGCAUCACGGAAGCCAUCCAGUACGUGGUGGAGUUUGCCAAGCGGAUGGGCGGCUUCAUGGAGCUGUGCCAAAACGACCAGAUCGUGCUUCUGAAAGCAGGAGCCAUGGAAGUGGUUCUGGUGCGAAUGUGCCGUGCCUUUAAUUCAGAGAACAGGACAGUCUUCUUCGAGGGCAAAUAUGCAGGCCCAGAGCUCUUCAAAUCGCUCGGGUGCAACGAGCUGAUCAACUCCAUCUUCGACUUCGCUCACAGCCUGUGCUUGCUGCGUUUCUCGGAGAACGAGAUAGCCCUCUUCACCGCCCUGGUGCUCAUCAACUCAAAUCGGCCGUGGCUGCAGGAGAAGGGCAAGGUGGAGAGGCUCCAGAAUAACCUGGAACUGGCCUUUAAACACAUGUUACGGAAAACCCACCGGGAAGGCAUCCUGGCCAAGCUGCCGCCCAAAGGGAAGCUGCGCAGUCUGUGUUACCAGCACAUGGAGAAGCUGCGGUCCUUCCGGCAGAUGUACCCCAUCAUCGUCCACGCUGUCUUCCCCCCGCUCUACAAAGAGCUCUUCAGCUCCGAGUGCGAGCUCCAGGGAGCAGCAGCAGAAUGAUCCCCACGGGAGGCCGGUGCCCAGAGACCGACUCCCAUCUCGCACCGGUCUGUGGCCCCCCGCUGCCCCGGGAUGGGAGGUUGGUGGGGGGAGGGUUGGACCACAUUAGAACCCGCUCCCUCCCAUCCCCUCCCAAACAGCACAGCAGAGGGGUGCGGUGCAGGAGGGGGUGCGGCCAAGUGAUCCGAGCAGACAGCUGGGAGCCAGGACUCCUGGGUUCCAUGCCUGCCUCUGCCACCAACCUGAGCAAGUCACUGCCCCCUUCCGUGGGCCUCGUUCCUCUCUCUACAAUGCAGCGGGGAGGGAGACACCCUCCCACACACUCCAUGGGGGCGGGAGGUGAUGCUUAAAUAACCGUGUGACGCUCUUUGAGGUCUCAGCUGGCAGGUGCUACCAAGGCGCAAAGUAUUAUUGGGGAGACGCCCCGAGCCGAGACCCCAGUGGGACAGAGAUCAAGGAGAUCACCAGCUUUUGCUGUAACAUAUUCAGGGCCAAGGAAAACACACUGCCCACCCCAUUACUCCAGUGACUAGCAUCUAGAGACCGGCCCGGGUAGUUCAAAUACCUCAUUGAAAACAAUUUUUUUUUUUUUUGGGUCUCCUUACAGUUUUGUGGCAGGAGAAUUUUUAACCAAGCUGUUUGAAAAUAAUAAUUGUACAUAACAUAGAGAUCUAUUUUUAACCGUUUGCCUUUACGUCCACUCUGCAGCACCAGGGGACCAGCCCCCACCCGCCCAAGCUCUUGUAUUUCUUAUUAAUGUCUCGCAAUUGACCAGACAUUGCAGCCUGUAGAAAGUUUGGUGCCUGUGUCUGCCACUCUGCUGCCCCCUGCUGGGCAGAAUCCCCGUCCCCAUGAAAUUCUCAGGGUUUCAAACCCAAUAAUUUGCUUUUACUCACCAUAAAAUAUAUAGAGAUACUGUAUAAAGUUAAUAUAAUAAAAGGCUGUUUUUUAAUGUUAAGGCUAUUUUUGAAAAGCAACAAAUUCUAAUUUUCUUAAGUAUGGGGCUGUCACGGAGCGGGAGCUGAUGGUUGUUUACAAGGGGAAUGAUUUUCGAAAUUGCCUUUUUCUAAAAGAGCUUUUGUAACCCAGUGUGUGUAAAACGAUUCGAAUUGAAAAUAGCUGGGGGUUUGUACAGCUGGGAUUCGGAAGGACAGCCACCGUUACAGGAGUCCGUCCGUGGACCUCAGCCGACUUUGGAUCAAGCCAGUAGAUCACAAAGGCACAAUCUUAACUUCAAGGCCACCGUCGGUCCUGCUGAUUUCACGGGCCACUGCCCCAUAGACGCUGCGUGACAUCGCUGUGAGGGGACUGCUUGGUAAAAUGAAGCACUGCGGAGGGUUUGCAGAAUCAAACCCCACGUUCCUUGUCUAGGCUCUUCCCUUGCGCACGAGCGCCGUGGAGCAAAGCGCAAGGAAUGACCUUGGUGUUUGGCCCCUCCCAGCCAAGUCCUGCCCGCUAAUGCUCACCACGCUUGCACACGCGUCUGACGAUGGGACACGACCUCUGGGAGCUGCAAGGGAGAGCCCAGCAGCCGAGGUAUUUCACUGAGAGGGCUACGGUGACGUCAGGGCCGGUCUACGCUGCAAGGAUAGGGGGUGAUUGCAGCUUGUGUGGACAUACCUGAGGUAGCUCGGGCACCCACAGCAGCCAAGGCAAAGCAGUGCUGUGUUGCUGUGGUACCCCAGUGAGCUCGAUCAAAGGUGUGUCUGCACACGCUGCCAUCACAUAUCAUACAUACAAUCAUACAAUCUCAGGUGGGAUCACUUUAGAUAAGCUAUUACCAGCAGGACAGUGGGGUGGGAGGAGGUAUUGUUUCAUGAUCUCUGUGUGUAUAUAAAGUCUGCUGCAGUUUCCACGGUAUGCAUCUGAUGAAGUGAGCUGUAGCUCACAAAAGCUCUUGCUCAAAUAAAUUGGUUAGUCUCUAAGGUGCUACAAGUACUCCUUUUCUUUUAAAAUUAUUCAGCAAGAGCUUUACAGAAAGGAAGGUUGCACAUAGUUUGUCACCAGACGGGGUGCGAGUUUAACAGAGGCCUAAUUAAUGAUGGGAAACGUGCAUGGACUCCAGGCUUUUUGUCUUGCCGGGUGGGUGCUGGGCUUGGACGGGUCAGAAGUACAGAAUUCAUGGAGGAGACGGCACAGCUAGCGAUGCGGUAAUAGCCAAAUUAGAGCCGCCUGCGAAGUGCAAGUUAUUUAUCGUAGGAAAUCUGUGGCUGUGGCGGGGAAUCAUUUCCCACCCCCCCUCUCCUGAAGUUUCUGAUCAAAAUAUCUCCAGUUUUUUGUAGAAAAACCAGCCCCCGGCCCCAACUUAAAAACAAACCCACACAGAUGUUCUGGUUCAAAAUGAUCAACAACAGGGAAAGGGGAAAUUUUGAUUUUUUAGACAAAAACACUAGAAUUUUUUGACCAAAAUCUUGGUCAAAAGCCAUUUUUUUUAUUAAAACCAUUGGCCUGGUUCUAAGCGAAGCCAGCUCCGGGUGCAGACUCAGCCCACUGCAGUGCUACCGUCUUUAACACGGGUUUGGUUUUGAGUCGACCCCUGGAUUCAUUUGAUAAUUUCAGCAUUCGCCGCACGCUGCUAACGCAGCGAAUACAACCUAGAAGACACAGCCCCGUCCGCUGCCAGGGGAAGGCUUCUGCAGUGGCUAGAACACACAACUGAGGAGCCCUGGGUUCGAAUCCUGCCUCUACCACACUCACAGUCAUUGCACACCUGCUGGGGUGGAGCCUGCCCGUCUGCUAUGGCUGGGCGGCCUCUCGGCAGCAAAGCAGGGGUGGGUUGGCCGGUUCCUUGUUGCGGCGGGCAGGUUCUUUGUUGCUGGAUUGGACCCGAGGUGUAGCCAUGCUGUAGAAGCCCUGAUUUCCGGAAGUCACUGGAAGUCAGUGGGAGCAGAAAGGGCUCCACCUUCCCUGAAAAUCUGUUGGGACAACGGUAUACACACAUGGGGACACUCAGGGAAUAUUUUGUCUUUCACAAGUGCCCAAGGGCUUGAUUUUUAAAGGUGUGUAGGCACCUAACUCCCUUUGAAACCAACAGGAGUUAGGUGCCUAAAUACCUUUAAAAACCAGGGCCUCAGGGACGUAGGAGCCUAAGUCCCAUUUUCAAAAGGGACUUGGGCACUUAGGCCCAGCACCUCAAAGAGAGCUCGGCACCUAAAUACCAUUGGGGAACUGGGUAAACAUCCUUCUGUCCCACUGGUGUGAAUCAGGAGUCAAUUCUGUUGAAGGCCAUGGAGAAACCCCUAUGCAAAACUGGUGUAAGCGAGAUCAGAACCUGGGUCUUUAAGGGCAGUUCACCCCAGAUUUGUAACCAACACCCAACUUCCUAAGCACGUUUGAAGCUUGCACUGUCUGGAUUCCAGAGGAAUUAAAUUCAUUGACCCUCGAAACCAUCUGCCUCUUUAAGAGCGUCACUCGGACAGUCCUGUUUUCAGCACGAUAAAAGACAAUCAGACCCUCUCUGGCCUUAGGUCCUUUCUGAACAUCUGCUAGCUUGAUCCAGAGCCGACUCUUAACCCUGCAACCCAGGGGAUCUGCUUCACCGAUCCGUUAACCUCUUUCCAUUCAUGUCUAGUUUACUGUUGCUUUUUGGUUGCAUUCUUUUAGUGUAAAAUAAUAAUAAUAAUUCAAUACAUCUAACCUGCAAUAGUGUCAUUUUGUAAAAUUGUUUAAAAUAUUUAAAUAUUUUGUCAUGACAGGUUUGUAAAUAUGUGAAAGUUGUAAUUUUUUUUAAUAGAGCAAUCAUUCUUUAAACAAAAAAAAAGGGUUUUAGUUUUCAUUUAAAUUAAUUAAACUUAUGGUGCAUUUUUGUUUGUUUGUUCGUUCGUUUGUCGCCCAGGGUUAUAUGUUUACUUGCAAGGGUUUAAAAAAUAUAUUAUUCAGAAUGCACAUUGUAAUGAAAAAUUUAUUGAAAAGUGUCCAGUUUUCUCUGCUAUUUUCAAUAAACUAGGUUGCCAAGAAAUGGAGCCCGACUGCUUAUUUGUGGCUCUGCGGUUAUUCAUAGGGUUGCAAACUCUUGUGGUUUUAUCA